AUGUCUGGAUUCCAGGCCGUCAACACCACCCUCUUGGUGCCGGAGCACCCGCCAGCCCGCAUGGGCGAGGAGACCACGCCCACCACCCCGCGACCGAGCAAGUUCUUCGUCGACCAGCGGCCCGCGGAGGAUGCGCGAGUGGACGAGGCGAGUGCGAAAACGCCCACGCGGAACAGCUUUGCUGGCUUGGCCGCACAGCGGCCCUUGCCGUCGUCCCCAUUCACGCCGUCGCGGGAGAUCACCAAGACCCCAAGUCGGAACGGGGAACUGAGCAGGGAGAACUCGCAUCGCUCGACACACUCGGUGGACUCGCAGGAUGUGGAAAUGGGGGAUGAGGAUGACGGGCACGACGGGUCGGACAAUGAGAGCGUGAACAGCGACACGACGAGGCCGUCGAAGAAGAAGAAGGGCCAGAGGUUCUUUUGUACUGACUUUCCGCCUUGUCAGCUGAGCUUCACGAGGAGCGAGCAUUUGGCAAGACAUAUCCGGAAACAUACUGGCGAACGGCCAUUUCAGUGUCACUGCUCCCGCCGCUUCUCACGACUCGACAACCUUCGUCAGCAUGCGCAGACUGUGCAUGUGAAUGAGGACAUUCCAGGAGACUCGCUCGCGGCGACUGGCACAAGAUUCCAGAGGCAGAUUCGCACUGACAGGGUCAGGCCGCCUGGUAGUCGAUCUAGGGCAAAUACACUGGGUAGUCAGGGCGGUCAUAGUCGCGGACACAGCCGGAACCUCUCUUCCUCCAGUAUAACGUCGACGACGUCGACCAUCAGCACUGUGAGCACGCCUCAAGAUUCAAGAAGGCGUCCGCCCCCGCUAGCGAUGGCCAAUGAUGGCGCUGCGAGAGCCAGGCUGUCUUUGGAAACCUACAAUCCCCCGCUCAUGGGCAGUCCUGGACCGCAAUACACGAACUACGGCAAUCAGUCUCCAGGAGUCACUACGCCUACCUCUGCUACCUUCUCCGCAUCUGGUAGUCCGAGCAGAUUUCCCUCUGGGCUGCAGUCACCAAUCUCGACUGUCCCCCGAUCUCUAACUUGGGGAAGUAGAACUCCUGGACGACGGUUGUCUGUACCGUCGGGAGGAAACCCCUUUCAAGGACCUCAGGGGUCCCUUCCCGCUCCUCUUCCAUACCUGACACCAAUGCCAUCAUCAACAUCGUCUACGUUCUCCGGAAACAACAGCCUCUUUGCCAGCCCCACCAGUUCCGUCUUCUCUGAAUCAAGACGAGAGUCCAACGCAUCCGAGUCUGACUGGAGAAGGAGAACGUGGCAUCCUGGAACCUACUCCAGCCUCGGACCUCGUCCCGCGACAAGUGGAUUGAGUUACUAUCAAACCCCUGAUGCUCCCCACCCCUCAUUCUCUUCUCAACCUGCCGCAAGCCAGACCACCCGACUUCCUGGAAUCGAGAGCUUUGAUCAUGCGCCUCCACCUCUCUCACUUGCUCGCCGACAGCCAAGUCCGAUGCAAAUAGAUGCACCCAGUCGCGCCCCGGCAUUCCCUUCAAUGCAAGAACAAGUUGCGCCUCGGGCUGGUGAUCGAACCAGCAUAUCCUGGGACAGCUCUCUCCAGAAAGGGCUCAAUCGACUUGACAUCACUAGCCCUACUCCUCCAAGAGAGACGCAGGGAUGGUCUCAUUAUCAAGGUCCACAACAAUCUCAAGUUACAACAGUCCGACCGACAACCGCGCCUCACACGGGCUACUACAGCUACCAGUCCUCCACAGCUCCGGUUUCUCAACAAGCUCAAGCCCCACAGCGCGAGGCGGACCGCUUGUCUCAAGAACAGCCGGUUACUCCCCGCAAGAACAAGCGACAUGGCUGGUACAACGGCCCACUUCCCCAACCUCAGCCCGGCCGCACCAUCCAACGCACCUCUCCUGAAGACUCCAGCAGCAGCGAAGGCGUUCCUACCCCAUCCACUUCUUCGCUUGCAGAAUACCAUCCCGCCAUCGUCCACAGCAACGGCUACAUCGAGGCACAUCCGCCUGGCGUUCCCGUUGACGAACAGAAGCCUCCGGUACCACAGCCUGUGGUUGAUCGAGGCACGGUGUCGUUGCAGACGUAUUCGACUGCAGGACCACCGCCACAGCGGGCGUAUCAGGUUAACUCCAUGGAGCAUGAUAGAGUGGGGUUUGGGCAGAGGCCACACGACGCACACCCGGGAGCGAAUGAUAUGAGGAGAUUGGAUGUGCUAGUUGCGGUUGCGACGGGGGAGCAAGCGGGUGUGCCAUCGAGACCUUGA